GCUGCGCUCUCCGCCUGCGAUGGACGACGUCCAAGCCCGACUCUUCAAAGAGCUCGACCACUACCUGUCCUUCUUCAAGCGUCGCCAAGAGAUCGAGCAGGACUACGUCGACUCGCUCAAGAAGCUCUCGCUCAAGACGGCCCAGGGCGACACUCAGCUCGGCGAUGAACUACACGCGCAGCUGCCGACGUCUUGGAGGAAGGCGUGGGUCGCCGUCAGGUUGAGCGUCGAGGACGAGGUGCUCGCGCACCGGGGCGCGGCCGAUGGGCUCGAUCGAGUCGUGCACAAGCUCGCUUCCUUCCGAGACGACCGAGAGCGCACCCGUCGGAGAAUCCGAGAAGACCUGCGCUCGACCGCCACCGAGUGGGCCGACUACAAGGCGGUCGUCCUCCGCCUCCGCAAGACGUACGAGCGCAAGGUCGAGGAGCUCCAGCACCACGAGGAGGCCGAGGCGAUGCGGGACCAGGAGCACUCGUCGGCGCCGGGCCCGAGGACCGAGGCGGGUUGGCCGCCCGAGCACUGGUCGCAGGACACGUUCGUCGCCGGCCGCAGCCGCAGCGACUCGGCCACGUCGUCCAAAGGCGGCGCAGGUGUCAGCGACGCCGAGUCGCCGCCGCCGACCGUCACCUCGCCCGGCCUGUCGUCCCCGUUCUUCGUCUCGGGCGCCACAUCGUCCGCCUCGACCCCGUCCGCCUAUCGCGACGCGCCAACGGGCAAGCAGAACGUGUUCGAGGCGAUCACCAAGCGCGACUGGGCCGGCGAGAAGCACCGGGUCAACUCGAUCGUGCGGGCGGUCGGGAGCUUGGCCAAGGGCAACGAUCCUGUCGGCGCGCUCGGCCCGUCACGUCAGCGCAGCCGCCAGUACACGAGCAAGCUCAAGCGCGAGGCUGAGCUCGCAGAUCGCGACUAUCGGUCGAGCAUCUUCCAGCUCGAGACGCUGCGGCUGCAGAAGAUGCGCGUACAAACCUCGGCGCGCGAGAGCCUGCGCGAGUUCGUCCUCGACCUCGCGUCGAACCUCAAGGCGGCGUUCACGGCUCGGGUCGACGAGCAGAUGGUGCUCGGCCACGUGCAAGGCGCUAUCGCCGAGCACGUCAAGCCCGAGGUCGACAAGAUUGACGCUCAGCAGGACGCGAGCACCUACUUCAUCACGGUCCAGGACCAGAGCCCUCCUGAUCCUCCCGUCUACUACGUCAACGCGUUCGUCGGCGAGUGCAAGUCGCUCCUGUUCGGUGUCGGCCUCCAGGACUACCACGCCAAGCACCCGGACCUGCUCGUCCCGCUCAUCGUUCAACGGUGCGUCGCCAACAUCGAGUCGACCGGGCUCGACAGCGAGGGCAUCUACCGUGUUCCGGGCAAGCUCGCCAAGAUCCAGCAGCUCGUGCACCGCAUGGAGAAGGAGGAGGAGGCUUUCGAGUUUGGGCCAGGGGACGAGGUCGCAGCUGUUGCAGGCGUGCUCAAGCUUUACCUCCGCCAACUGCCUACGCCGGUCUUUCCCUUCUCUGCGGCCGACCGUCGAGCCUGGACCGCCGAGUUCUCGUCGUCGGCCGAGAGCGCCAUCAGCUCGCUCGUCCGCCGCAUCCGCCGCCUCUCGCCACCGCAGCAGGCGACGCUCAAGGUCCUGUGCCAGCACCUCGCCAAGAUCAGCGAGUACGAGCACGUCAACAAGAUGAGCCCGUCCAACCUCGCCCUCAUCUUUUCGACCGUCAUCUUCGGCGAGGACGAGUCGGCGACGCUCGAGUCGGCCAUGAACGGCAGCAAGGACCACGUCAUGGAGAUCCUCAUCCGCCAAUGCGCUCCUCUUUUCCGAGACCUGCCUACCCAUCCCGUCCAGGCGCCGAGGUCACGCCAAGGGAGCGAUCCGAGCGAUGCGCCUGCUUCAUCGCCCGGCGAGGGCGCCACGGCGCCGCCUCUGCCGCGUCGUCCGCCCGGCGGGACCGACACGAUCGCGACGCCUCGCGCGCACAGCCCUCAACGGCUCAGCGUGCACGAGGACGACUCGUCGAGGCCGUCUGGGCAACUCGCUUCCUCCUCGAUGCGCACUUUCGGCUCGGCCGACUCGGUCUAUGCCCUCUACGAGCGCGCCACUACGCCUGGCUCGCUGCCCGCCCACCCUCUUGCCUCUACGUCGCCGCCUCCCCACAUCUUCCCCCUUCGCUCGUCCGCCGAGCCUGCGCCCACCUCGCGCCCUUCUUCCUCCUCGUCCACCGUCGGAGCUGCCGCCCACCAGGAGCACAGAGCGCGCUCGCCAAUGCCUCUCGAUCGACCUCUCGCGGCGCCAGACGCCCAGUCGUCGUCGUCGCCGGCCGUCCCGGUGCAGCCGGCGCACGAGCGCUCGCACUCGUUCGGCGAGCCCGACCCUCCUGCGGCUGCAGCACUCGGACGCUACGUGCAGUAGCGCGUGCCGCGCUCCUCGAGCCGGCCCUGCUGUCCAUGCUCCUCCAGUUCCCCUCGCGCCCAUCUCGCUCGCCGUCGUUGCCUCGCGACCGUUCCUCGCCCUUCCUUUUGCCCUUCCCUUUUCCUCGUUAGACGUUCCGUCCGUAUUGUACCUCCAUCCUUCUUGUAUAGUCGACUCGAUGUCAUGAUGUCUUUCUCUCACU